AUGAUUUCCGGAUAUCUUGGUCUGGCACGCGUUAUAGCGGCUGUUGGGCUUGCGGGUAUUGUGGUUGCUACACUCGGAUAUGUCGCCUACAACCGCUUCCUACAUCCACUACGAGACAUCAAAGGCCCCUUCCUGGCAACAGUCACCCCAUGGGUACAACUCUAUCAUGGCUUAAAAGGUGACCGGCACCUAUGGUUGCACAGGCUACACCAACAAUACGGCUCCCAUGUACGUGUGACCCCAAAUUUUGUCUCCGUCAACACAGCCAAAGGUCUGCGCGACAUCUACGGCCAUGGCAAACGGUUCAAAAAGGCCGAUUUCUACAACGGUUUCACCGCUAUCAAGGGCGUAUACAACACCCACAAUGCAAUCGACAAAACCAUCCAUGGCAAGAAACGCCGUGUUCUGAGCCAUGCAUUCUCCGACCAUGCCCUCAAGGAAAUGGAAGAUCUCAUGUUGAUCCAUAUCCGCCAACUUUGUGCCGUGCUCAGCGAAGAACCCCAGUAUGUGAGUAAUAUCAUCUUGCCGAAUGAAUACAAAACGGAAAAGGGUCAGAUUGUGCGGAAUAUGAGUAAUUGGUUGGGAUUCAUGACUUAUGAUGUGAUGGGAGAGUUAUGUUUUGGCAAGAGUUUUAAUCUGCUGAUUGAUGGUGCGAAGAGGAAAAUGGUUCAUUUGGUUGAUCGGGCUGCGUAUCGUCACUAUGUUUGCGGCCUUUGGAUGCCCCUUGACAGAUGGGGACUUGACAAAAUUUUCAUUCGAAAACUCACCAUGGACCGAUGGAAUUUCAUCAUAACCUCACGCGCCGAAGCCACGGAGAGAGCCAAAGAGCGAGUCGAAGCUGGCCGCGAUGCAAAGAAGGACUUCUUCUGCUAUUUGUUGAAUGCAAAGGACCCCGAGACAGGAGAGGGCCUCUCAAUGAAAGAGUUAUGGGGUGAAGCGAAUGUGCUCAUGGUUGCUGGCAGUGACACGACGUCGACCAGUAUCGUGGCAACAUUGUUCUACCUCGUUCGACACACGGAAGCUAUGAAGAAACUCAAGGAAGAGGUGAGGUCAAGUUUCACGGACGUGGAACAGAUCGUGAGUGGACCUCAGCUCAAUGACUUGGUCUACCUCAAAGCAUGUAUCGAUGAAGCCAUGCGCUUGUCGCCGGCUGUCCCUGGAUCCAUCCCCCGUGAAGCAAUGGAAGGCGGUGCAGAAGUUGAUGGCGUUUUCCUAUCCGCUGGUAGCGAAUGCGGUACACCGGCAUUCUCAAUUCAUCGUUCGCCGGACUACUACCGCGAGCCAUUGUCAUACAUCCCCGAACGCUGGAUUGAAGGCGCAACAUGCCAGACUCAUUCUGGACGGCAAUCAUGGGUGACCACAAAGCCUGAAAUUGAGGCUGCACGGAACGCGUUUUGCCCAUUUAGCAUUGGGCCCAGAGGGUGUAUUGGAAAGAGCAUGGCGUUGAUGGAGAUGCGUAUUACGCUAGCAAGAUUGUUGUUUUUGUUUGAUAUUGAGUUGGCUGAUCGGACUGGGGAGGAUGCUGAUGGGUUUCUGGCCUUGACGGAUCACUUCGUGUCGGCAAAGACUGGGCCAAAUGUUCUCAUCCGGCGGAGACAAGAUCUGUCUUAG